AUGGAAAAGUCAGUAGCAACAUCCGGCCCGCCCAAGAACUUCGCCUCGGGCCACGGCAUCCUCUGCGCGGGCCUGCCCCGGAGCGGCACCGCCUCCCUCAGCAAAGCGCUCGAGAUCCUGGGCAUCGCGCCCGUGCACCACGUCAUGAAGCUCGACGACUGGCCGCAGCUGUACGCCUGGGGCCGGGCCGCCUGGUGUCACUUUCCCUACCUCCGCAAGCGCCGCCUCUUCCGCGCCUUUUACCUGUCCCGCUACGACCCGCUGCUGCCGUGGUCGCGCGGCGACUGGGACCGGCUCAUCGGCCCGUACCGCGCCGUCACCGACGUGGCCGCCUACUUUGGCCCGGAAAUCUACCGCGCCUACCCCGAGGCCCGCGUCAUCCUCGUCGAGCGCCCGUUUGACAGGUGGGCGCAGAGCUACCGCGUCUUCACCGACGCCUGGCUGUUUGGGUUCUGGGAUCUCGUGUGCUUCCGCCUCGCGGCCUGGGUCGGCCUGCCGUUUGUCGUCGGCAUCAGUGACGUGUACACGGGCUGGAUGGGCGCGCGCACCGGCGCGCAGGCGAGGAGGCGUCUGCGCGAGCUGCACACCGCGCACUAUGCCAAGAUGCGCGCCACGGUCCCGCCGGAGAAGCUGCUCGACUUUCGCCUCGAGCAGGGCUGGGCGCCGCCGCUCUGCGCGUUCCUCGACGUGCCCGUGCCGGACGUCCCGUUUCCGCAUAUCAAUGAGCGCACCGAGGUGCUCGAGUUCCGCAACGGCACCAUUGAGGCGGUCCUGAGCUGCUUGGCUAUUCGUCUCGGCAUGAUUGCGCUGGGCACGGCGGCUCUGCUCGGUGCCGUCAAGGGCGCUUCUGCUUUUGGCGUCUUUACCGUCCUCGGAGGGUAUAAGGAUGUGUUUUUCCACUAUCUCCUCGAAUAG